GGACAGAUGUGAUCACAUCAACAAAACAUAUAAACAUGGGAUUUCUGUUGGUCAUUCUUGUGAAACUCAUACUGGUGACAGAUUUCCUGUGGGGCCAGAAUAGCUGUGACAAUAAAUCCUGCUAUCCAUCUAUCGGAGACCUCCUCGUGGGCCGCAGUGAACAGCUGACAGCUUCUUCAACGUGUGGACUCUCUGGCAUUCAGAAAUAUUGCAUUAUUGGCUACCUUGAGGAUGAGCAGAAAUGUUUCACCUGUGAUUCCAGGUAUCCAUAUCACCCAGUUUUCCAGGCCAACAGUCACUUGAUUGAAAACGUUAUCACAACUUUCGAGACUGACAAGAAGAAGUGGUGGCAAUCUGAAAAUGGUGUCGACCAUGUCAGCAUUAGGCUGGAUUUGGAAAACGUGUUUCAGUUCAGCCAUUUUAUCCUGACUUUCAAGACCUUUCGGCCCACAGCAAUGUUGGUGGAGCGUUCCGCAGAUUAUGGCCAAACCUGGAAGGUGUUUAGGUAUUUUGCACAUGACUGUGCAGCUUCUUUCCCAAACAUUCCUUCAAGGCCAGCCGGAAGAGUUGGGGAUGUUGUUUGUGAUUCAAGGUAUUCGGACAUUGAGCCCUCGACUGAAGGGGAGGUUGUUUUCAAAGCUUUGGAUCCCAGUUUUGACAUAGAAGAUCCUUAUGCCCCAUAUGUUCAAGAGCUCAUUACUUUUACCAACCUGAGAAUAAACUUUACAAAGCUCCAUACACUGGGAGAUACUUUACUUGGGCAAAAGCAGCAGAAUCCUCUGGAAAAGUACUACUAUGCCCUCUACGAAAUGGUGGUUCGCGGGAGUUGCUUCUGCAACGGCCACGCCAGCUACUGUGGACCUGUGCCAAAUUUGCGAGGGGAUGUUUUCUAUGAGCCUGGGAUGGUCCAUGGGAACUGCCUCUGUGAGCACAACACGGAAGGUUUGUCCUGUGAAAGAUGCAAAGAUUUCUACAAUGACGCUCCCUGGAGACCAGCAGAAGGAUCACAAGAAAAUGCUUGCCGAAAGUGUGAAUGCAAUGGUCAUUCUGAAAGCUGCCACUUUGAUAUGGCAGUGUAUCUUUCCAAUAACCGUAUCAGUGGUGGUGUAUGUGAAGACUGUCAGCAUAAUACCAUGGGACAACACUGUGAUCAGUGCACAUUUUUCUACUAUCAGGACCCCCAGAAGACCAUUUCAGACUCUCACGCAUGUGUCCCCUGUGACUGUGAUCCAGCCGGUUCAUUGUACAACGGGUUGUGUGAAGGUCAUACCGACCCUGUUCGUGAAACUAUUGCUGGCCAGUGCCACUGCAAAGAAAAUGUCGAAGGAGUUCGCUGUGACAAGUGCAAGCCAAACUAUUAUGGGAUGAGUGAAAGUGAUCCUCUUGGAUGCCAGCCCUGCAAUUGUGACCCUUCUGGAAGUUUGGCUUUCUCUGUUUGUGAUCCUGUAACUGGAGAGUGCUUGUGCCAGCAGUUUGCUACUGGGCAGCAUUGUGAACAAUGUCUUCAAGGAUACUGGGGUCUUGGAAGUAAUUUAUAUGGAUGUUCUCCAUGCGACUGUGACAUUGGUGGUGCCCACAAUAACUUGUGUGCACCUACCAAUGGUCAGUGUGACUGCCUGCCUAAUCUAGUGGGGCGCCGAUGUACUGAACCAGCUGCGGGCUACUUUUUUUUACCUUUGGAUUAUUAUAUAUAUGAAGCAGAAGACUCAGAACCACUUCCUGGAUCUUCACCUUUGAUUCAACCCACAGUAAUGCCACGGUGUGACAUCUAUUUCCGACAAAAAGGUUACGAUUUUAUAGUGGAAAAUGGAAAAAUCAUCUUAAACAGAAGCAAGAAAAGAGGCAUAAGGAAAGCAACGGUUGGACAGCAGUUUGACAGGCACUCUGCUCUGGAUAUUGUUAUUAGAGACUCUGUUCCUGGAAAACCUAUGACAUGGUCUGGCCCAGGUUUUGUUCGUGUUCAAAGUGGAGCAGGGUUAAGAUUUACGAUCAGCAACAUCCCUUUUAUGAUGGAUUUUAAUAUCAUUAUUCGCUAUGAGCCUGAGUCUGUUGAAGACUGGAUAGCAAACAUUGCCAUAAAGCCUUUUGGUACUGCAGGAAGAGAGCACUGUAGAAGUGAGACAGCUUUCCAAGAGCCACACUUGCUUCCUCUACCGUCUACAUCAAGGAUGGAACUGCUCCCUACUCCAAUAUGCUUAGAACCAGGAAGAGAAUAUUUUGUGGAUGUCUAUUUUUCUGCCUCUGGCCCAGAGACACAGUCGUCCAUACUGAUUGAUUCACUUGGACUCAUUCCCAGAAUCAAUUCUGUUGAAAACCUUUGUGAUAAAAAUGACUUAGAAGAGUACCAGCAAUACCACUGUAUAGAAAUAGCUUCAGAAAUUGGACCACAUAUUUUACCAGAAGCAUGUGCCAAACUUAUUGGAAGCUUGUCUGCCCGUAUUCAUAAUGGGGCAGUUUCCUGCAGGUGUCAUCCACAAGGUUCAGUGAACUCCAAUUGUGAGAAACUUGGAGGUCAGUGUGAAUGCAAACCAAACGUGAUAGGCCGCUGCUGUGAUAAAUGUUCAGCUGGAAGCUAUGGCUUUGGGUCCCAGGGUUGUCUUUCAUGUGGCUGCCAUCCUCAAGGAUCUGUGAGUGCUCUGUGUGACCAGGUGACUGGGCAGUGUUUGUGCCGGCCAGAAGUCGAUGGCCAGCAAUGCCAUCGUUGCUUGGCUGGAUAUUUUGGGUUCCCCCAUUGUCGGCCUUGUCCUUGCAAUGGCUUUGCAGAACUUUGUGACCCACAGACCGGAGAAUGCUUGAACUGCAGAGGGUUUACCACUGGUGCCAACUGUGAAAGAUGUAGAGAUGGCUAUUACGGAAAUCCUCUCAAAAGGGAGCCCUGUCACCCGUGCAUGUGCCCAGAGGCUCCUACCAGCGGUAGGCACUUUGCACAUUCCUGUUACGAAGAUCCUUGGACCCAGGAAUUAGUCUGUAACUGUUUGGGGGGCUACUCAGGUGACCGGUGUGAUGAGUGCUCCAGUGGGUUCUAUGGGAGUCCAAAGACAGCAGAGGGUCAAUGUCUCCCAUGCUCCUGUAACGAUAAUAUUGAUCCAGAAGAUCCAGACUCAUGUAAGGCAGAUACUGGAGAGUGCUUAAAAUGCCUAUACAACACAUCUGGACCAAGCUGUGAAUUCUGCAAACCUGGCUACUUUGGAUCAGCACUUUUAAGGACCUGCAGAGAAUGUAACUGCAACCCUUUGGGUGUGAACCCAGCAGAAUGCCCUUCCGGAGACGGUCUUUGUAUGUGUGAUCAGACGACAGGGGCAUGCCCUUGUUUGCCUAAUGUGAUGGGCUCCAUGUGUGACCAGUGUUCUCCGGGUUACUGGAAUAUGGUCCAAGGAAUUGGAUGUCAAAUCUGUGGCUGCAAUCCGAAACAUUCCCAGAACAACCUAUGUGAUCAGUUCACAGGCCAAUGUUCAUGUAAACCAGGCUAUAUGGGAAGACGCUGUGAUAUAUGUGAUGAAAAUACUUUCGGUGAAUCUCAGAUCCAUAGUACUUCAUGUAAGUGUAACAUGCAUGGAACUCUGAAGCCUGAGUGUGAUGAAGACACUGGAGUGUGCAACUGCCGCACUGGAGUCACUGGAAGAUCCUGCGAUCAAUGUGCCCGAGGUUAUAGCCAAGAGUUUCCUUCCUGUUCCCGCUGCCAUGUUUGUUUUGAUCAGUGGGAUAAUAUAAUUACUAUCCUCACUCAGAAAAUCCAGAAGUUAAUGAAGUUUGCUGCAACACAUGGAGACAAGAAGGCAGUGCCUGGCUGUGAUAUAGACUUCAAAGGCCACAAAGAUACGAUUUCUCAAAUAGAAAUGAUUUUAAGAAGCCCUGUCUUGUCAUCAGAGGUACUUUCGGACCUUAAGAAGGAUCAUGACCGUAUUCGACAAAAGGUUUCCCAAAUGUAUCAGCAACCUGACAUUUUGGAUCAAUUUCCUGACCUAAGCAGCGUGAUAGAAGAUAUAAGGAAGGAUGCUGACCAUCUAUCAGAAACCCUGCAAAAAAGAAGCGAGCUGUAUCAUAGGAUUAAUUACAUGCAACUCCAAGAUUUGCUCAACAAAACAAGGAAUUAUUAUCAAAUGACACUGUCCGCUGGAGAGAGAAUUAAUGGAACCAAGGCUAUCAUAACCCAUGGAGCUAAAACCAGGAGCAUGGUAACAGCCAUGUUAGAGGAUCUGACCCCAAAAGAAAGCAUUGUACUGCAUCAGCUGAAGAUGCUCAAGACUUCAGAUAUUCAAAAUCUAAAUGAAAAGAUCUGUGGAGUGCCAGGAGACCUGCCUUGUGUUGUGGCAGUCUGUGGUGGGGCUUUAUGUCAAGACAACCAAGGAAACAAACAUUGUGGUGGUCCAAACUGUAAUGGAGCACUCCCUCUUUCUACCAAUGCCAUUGGGAAAGCUGGUCAAGCAGCCACGUUAUUAAAAAAUGUGACCAGUCAACUGAAAGGAGCUGAAAAUAAGAUUGAAAAUAUUAGAAAAAUGACUGAAGAUAAUAAGAAGAAAGCCUUACAGAUAAAUAGACAGCUGGAGAAAAAUAAAGAUCAAUUAGAAAGAGAAGGAGAAAAUGUGAAAGAGCUUAUCAAGAGGCUGAAGAACUUCCUUUUAGAGGAGAGUGCCCCUCCAGAGGACAUUGAAAAGGUUGCCAAUUAUGUCCUGGGCAUCAAUGUGUCAGGGACUCCCCAAGAACUGAUACAAGUGCUGGACAGCCUGAAGGGUCUUAUGACACGUUGCGAUGACUCGGCAACAUAUGUGAAUGAGCUAAAUAAGCAAGUGGAAGAGGCAGAGGAACUUCUGCUGAGAGCACAAGAAACUGAGAAUACAACAAAAGCUCUUCUAAACCCUGAUGAAUUGAUAAUCAACUUAGACGAAGUGGAGAAAAUUCAAGGCCAAACCAGGGAAGACUUUGCAAAACUGAAUGAGAAAAUAGAAGAAUCUAGAACAAAAAUAGCCCAGACUAGGAACCAAACAAGCAGGACUGAUGCUGAAUUACAGAACUUCUCAGAAAAACAGUCUGAAAUGGAAGAGGAAGUAACUUCCCUGAAGACUAAAAUGCAGAUGAAUAGGAACCAAGUCACAAAUGCAAGAUCAGAGGCAGAAAAAGCACAGAAUCAAGCCAUAUCAACAAAUAAGGAUUUUGCUGAUCUUAAAAUAGAGUAUGCCAAUUUGCAAGAGAAACUCAAAACCAAAGGCCUGUCGUUGGCAACCUUAGAGAAACUGAACCAGCUUAAAAAAGAGGCAGAAGAACUGAUUCAAGAAACAGAAGAGAAAGCAAAAAGAAUAUCAGGUUUAGAAAAGAAAAUACAAGAUCUGAAUCAAAUUAAACAAGAUAAGGCCGACCAGUUGAAACAACUGGAGGACCAGGUCAUAGCUAUCAAAAAUGAAAUCACCGAGCAGGCAAAUAAAUAUGCGACUUGUAAAAGUUAAAGUCUAAAGUAACCAGAAUGAGCUUUCUAUAAUUAGAAACACUGGACAAAUUGGAUUACUCUGAUAACACUAAGGUGGUGUUUUAUGGCUUAUUGCAAGGUGGUUUUUAAUGGUUUACUGUAAAUACAUGGAAGAAUAUAUCCUUUCUGAUUAAAGCAUACAUACAGAACUAGGCAGCAUCUGGAUCAAACUGAGGUAUCUAGAGGUAUUCUAGAAGUGAAGGCUAAUAUCUAAAAAUCCUGUUGUAUCAUUUUAAUUUUUUUUAAAUUUCACUAUUAAAGCUGUGCCAGUUUUGCACAAGUCUAUUGACAAUCGUGCUAUUUCUCUCAUUCACUUCCUGAGCAUGAAAAUCAAAUUAUAUUCCACUAUUGAAUAUAUUUAUUCAUUAGCUCACCACCUCUCAUAUUCUGCUAUUUACUGUUCCAUACACGAAACGGUUGUCAUGUGUAUCUCUGGAAGGGAGGAGCAUUUGCAGGGUAACUUGUGCAAAUAAAGAUUUUAGUGCCUUC